UCACAUUUCGUGCGUGUUUCCAGUUUAGUGCAAAAUUAAUUGAAAAUAUCGGUUUUUCAUGUAAAAAUUGGGUGUAUAACCGUUUCCGGGCAGUUUUUAUUGUGGCAUCUAAUCAAACUACACAUCAGAAGAAGCUCGUUUAGUGUAGAAGUUUCCUGAAGAAGAAUCGUGAAAAUAUGUCGUGAUUUCGUGCUAGUGCAUAAGUUUAUAAACUGUUUACAAACGUUUGUGUGUAAAUCUAAACGAAACACAGAAUGGAGGAGCAAAUAAGUCAGGAUUCGAGCGAUGUGGAGAUGAACAACUCCAAGGGGGUCCUGCUGAAGAUAGCAAACCUCUAUGCGGAGCAGUUGAUGUCCGAUGUCUGUCUGGUGGUGGGGGACAAUCGCUACCCAGCGCACCGGGUGAUUCUAUGUGCCAGCAGCGAUGUGUUCCAGGUUAUGCUCAUGAAUCCGGAAUGGAACGAGUGUCGCGAGAGUGUCAUCGAACUGAAGGAGGACCCAAUGUGUUCGAUGGUUUUCCCCCAGUUUCUCAAGUACCUGUACGUGGGACAGAUUAAGGUUUCAAUUCAAACGGUGAUGCCAAUGCUAGAGCUGGCGGACAAGUACAACAUCAAAGAUUUGGUCGAACUUUGCGUGGAUUACAUGAUGAAACAUGUGGCCAAGGCGGCCACCCAGGGCUACAUGGUGUCGUGGUUUCAGUACACAAUCUUGCUGGGGAGCAGCCAUAAGGAGCUAACGCAGGCGCUGCAGAAAUUUCUGAAAUGGAAUCUGGAUAUCAUUUCGGAAUCGAACGACUUCAACGAACUCUGUGGGAUGAUCCUGGUGACGCUGCUGAAGCAAAGCGAUCUCGUGGUACAGAGCGAGUUCACGCUUUUCGGAUACCUUGAGAAGUGGCUCCUGUACAAGAAGGACCAACUGGACAAGGAACCGGACAUGUCGGAUGAAGAACGCCAGUUCGAGCUAGUCAGUACGAUCGAGGCCGUGUUUGUGCACGUGCGCUUCGCGAUGAUGUCCCCGUCGGAGCUGGCCAAAAUUCUGGUCAGCCCGAUCUUUCAGUCCCACAAGGAGUUCUUCGUCGAACGCGUUGCCAUCGGUAUGAGCUACCACUCGGGGCAGGACGAUCGGAUCCGGACGAUUCGGGCGCAGGAAAACGGCUCUCUUCAGUUUACGCCCCGGCUCUAUACCACCGACGUUUGGGGCCUUAGCAUGACGAUCAACGAGUUCGAGCAGAUCAACAACUAUCAGAACUUUGUGGCGUGCUUUUUCUCACAGAAGCAUCUGUCCGAAUACCAUGAAGAGCAAAGCGUUGCAUGGGAAAUUGAGUUCUUCCCGCGGGGCGUGCGGUACAAUCGAGCCAUGCUGAUAGGGGUGUUCAAUGUGCCAGUCAAUACGGAGAUUCCCGAAUCGAUCAUAAGGACCGUGCGGUUGAAGGUUCUCUGCCAGGAACGACUCGAGGAGGAUCGGAGGUUUAGGAUCGGCGUCCUGAUCAGCGGCGUCCAGAACCGGAUCACCCACAUCCGGACGUGCCACGUGCGGACGGCGUACUUCUCCAACGACUUCCGGGUGUUGAACAUCGACAAUCUGAUACCGUACGAGGAACUGCAGCUGAGUGCGGUCAACCUGAGCCCCCAUCUGGUCGGCGAGAAGCGGGACACCAUCCGGCUGCAGGUCAUCAUCGCCCCCCUCGGUGAAUACGCUUGCACCGACAUGCCGACGUUGGAGUUCAAAGACUUAUAACGAUAAGCGUCGUGGUACCUUAUGGAGAGGACAUGGUUCGGGCUUGAUCCUGUAAGCUGUAUUAUCGGAAAGAUCGCGGAACAAAUCAAGCGUGAUCCCCGGAAAUGGGGGGGGAGAGAUUGUUUUACUUGUAGUAGGUACCAGUAGCGAGGAAAUCUUCGUUUCGUUGAUCGAUUUUUUAGUUUAUCUAGCAAUUAGGAGGUGAGAGCGAGCGGAUGAAACUGCGUUGCUUUCCAGAAGUAAUUGAAGCACUUAGCUGGAAUAGGGCUAGCUUGGAAAACAAAAAAACCAAUAUACACAAAUUGAAUAUAUAGUUUACCAAAAUAAUAUAUGACGCAGGUUUACAUCAGACAUCAUUGAUUCAUGUGCUAAUAUCUUUCACAAGUAAUUAUUAAAACUAU